CUUGUGACUUUCUCAUCGACUUGCGUUGUGGCUGGCUGAGAAUUGGACUUACGGAAUUGUCACCCGCCGCCUGUUCGGUGGACUUGUUUUUAUAAUUUGGUCGGUUGCGGAUUGAAUAAUUAAAAUGUCGGGACCUGGCGAGAUGUUGACCAAGCGCGAAUUUCUCGAAAUGACCGGCCUCAUCCUCAAGGAAAUCCUCAAUCCUCAAAUGCUGCGGUCUGCCUUAGAAACGGCGGCAGUCAAGCUGAAUAUUCCCGAUUCUAACGCCCUUGUGGCCGCGAUGCUUGCGGUAGACAAUGGUGCCUCUGGGCGCGGCAGGGAGACAACGGACAAGAAGGAGAAGACAAAAAGGAGCUUGACUCCUUACAACAUGUACGUCUCCUAUUUUUCUGACUUCGCCGCCCACUACGGCCGCCACCCUACCAUCGCGAAAGUUAAGGCCGAGAACCCCACAGUGAAGUUGGGCAUGGGGUUUUGCUCCGAGUUUUACAAGACUCUUUCACAAGAGCAAAAGGACUGUGUCAUGGAUACGUUUAAAACCUUCCUAGCGGAACACGGCGCCAAAGGCGAGGCUGACGCUGCUGGUUCUAUCCUGAGCGCUUUCAAGAAGUACGAGGCGAUCCAUCCAGCGGCCAAUAUUGCCAAAAUUAUGGGGCUUGAGGCGCGCGACGAUUACAAGACGGACCCAGCCCAGAUGCGACUCGAAGCGGCGGAGGCACGUCGUCUCGCGGACGGGGGAGGGGCUGGUGCACCCACGCCCACCCCCUUUGGAACCGUCACUAAGCUGGAUUUCGGCAACGGCCACCACCGCAGCGAACUGGAAGCUGGACCCACGCCGGGUGCCGAAUUGAAAUCGGAGGUCAAGGAGAGGAACAAGGACAAAAGCGAGAAGAAGGCCAAGCGGAAGGCGGAGCAGCUGGAUGCGGCCGCGGCUCCCGACGGUGGUGCUGUUGGGCUACAGCUGGAUGGGACAACCGUUUCGAAGAAGCAAAAGUUGGACGAAGAGGGCACGGAGGCUAAGUCCAAGAAGGAGAAGAAGGACAAGGGGGAGAAGAAGGACAAGGCGGAGACAGCUCCAGCUACGACCGGGAAGGACAGCGUUAAGAGCGAAAAGAAAAAGAAGGAUAAGGGUGACAAGAGCGAGCAGAAGCACAAGGACAAGGGCAAGGAGGAGAAGCACAAGGAGAAGAAGAGCGAGAAGAAGCACAAGGAUAAGCACGUGCAGCAGGUGUUGCCUCUCAAUGAAGAGAAGCUGGACGUCCAGGUCUGCAAACAGGCUCGCACCUUCAAAGACGAUGUGGCCAGUGGCAUGGCGAGCACUGAUGAGAACACCUACUAUAGUACCUGA